CUCCACCAUCCUCUCAUUCUCUCGUCUCCUCUCCCUCGUCAUCCUUCUCUUCCACACGCACAACUCGUUCAGCUGCAUGCACAGAGUGUUGUCACUUCCUCCCGUUCCUUGCGCAACCUCCAACACCGCGCGCCGACCCUGUCUGUACCUCCGCGGCCCCGGCAUCCCGCCCGUUUGAUCGACACUUGACUCGUGCGCGCUGUCUUGAACCACGUUUCCCCGUCUUGGAGCGCACUUUGGAAUACCACAGCACACCCACCCCACCGCUCGCGCUCUUGGGGCAAUGGAUGAAGCACAGCUGUCGCAGGACAGCUUGUCCAGCUUGAAUGCGGCGGAGAUUGAGCAGCCCGUCACACCAAACCCUCCACAUGCAACCCUGCCCGAGAGCAGCACGGCAGCCGUCGCGAAACUCCAAGCCGGACGAAUCGACAAUGCCACCCAACAUAUGACUCCCCCGCCGUCUACCCAGCUUCCCUCCUCCUCCCAGCGCGGCAAGGCUCGCACCCCGACCCCGCCAAUCUCACACAUCUCCACCCCGCCGCCCACCAACGAAAUGCCCACUCAGUCGCAACCCUCUCGCGUCCGAGCUGGCUUUGCAGACACGAUGACCCCCGACCAGAUCGCCGCUGCAUCACCGGAAGAACUGCGUACCAAAGUCACCGACCUGCAAGCCUCGUUACAAGAAGCGAAGAUGAGCGCGGCGCAUCACAAGCUGCAAUACCAGAUGCUGUCGCAGGAAAGCGCCGCCGCCAUCGAGCGCAUGGCCGUCGAGGCUCGCAUGUCGCAAUACGAAAACGAAGUGAUUCACUUGGCCGAGCAAGCAAAGGCCGCCGCCACCCCCGUCCAGCCUUCCGCGUUCGUCGAGGGCAUGAUUCCCGUCCAGAAAGACCUCUACCAGCGAAUGUGCGGCGAGAUCCAACAACUGACGGCAGAGCGCAACUACCUUGCAGACGAGCAAGCGCAGAACGAGAAGGUCAUCAUGCGCCAGGACUUUGAGAUCGCCAGUCUGACCGACAAGGUGACGCUGAUGCGUGAGCGCAUUCAAGAACACCGUCAACAUAUGCAGCGACACCGUAGAGCGCAGCAGCCUUCUUCCCGAGUGGACAGCACGCCGCGCUCAACAUACAAUGAUCCCCUGCGCAGUGGUGUCAGCAGCCAAGAGCAACCACAGCCUUUCGCCGCUCUUUUGCAAGCCUCCGAGAUGGCGAGCCAAGAAGCCCACCGACCCAGCGACACAAAGAAAGGCCAUGCCAGGAACACCCACAGCAUGUCCAGUCUACCCGCGACCCCAAGCCACUCGCAGAAGCGACAGCAUUCAUCGCUCUACUACACUCCACACGGUCGGCAAUCAGAGCUCAAAGUUCCGUCGACCGCGCCCUUGCCUCGAACCAGCGCGAUGCGCACCCCAGAUGUCUACUCUCAGAACUCUCUCCCGAUUCCGUACUCACAAGGCCCCCCAUCCGACGGCACCGUCUCCGCACCCGAGGACGACGACGAUGACAGCGAGGCCGAGACGGAGAUCAUCGAGCAGGACGAAGUUUCAGAAUCUCAGGCUUCGCGCGCGGCCUCGCAGAUGCUGCGAUCGAGUCGAGAGCAUCCACAGCCAACGCGCGGGAGUUUCACGGGCAGUGGUGUGCUGCAGAGAGGAAGCAGCGGAGGGGACAAGCUGAAGCAGACGAAGCUUUUUGGGCAAGUGAGGAAAGCUUCCGCAAGCCGUGAUGAUGAGAGACCGUCGAAGAGGGCACGGGUUGGUCAGCCGGUGGGAUUGGGCAUUGUUGGGGUGAGGGAUUGAGAGCUUCGGUUUGCUUGAUAUCAAUGUGAGCACACUCCGACAGGUUUUGCUGACGGAUGAAUGAACGCCAUCUUGGUGGGCGGGUAUGAGCGACAGCUUUGGUCCUCACCGUCGAUAUUAUUACCCCGGGUGAGUCGGUAGCAGACCAUCCACCACCCUUUAUCAAUAUCACUUCAAACGCACACCCUCAC